AUUGAACAAAUAUUUCAGGGUGAACAUAGAUCAGUAAUAAUUAAAUAUGUACCACUGUAUCAUAAAAUACUGCAGUGUUUAACAAGAGGUCCGUCAUUGCAACAUGUGAUGAUACUAAAUUUUGUGGCCGCUCUUUUGUAUAUUGAUGCAGACGAGGGACCGACGCAAAAAAAAGCUUUAUCUAUUCAUGCACAAAAUAUGAUAAGGGCCAGCGGUUGUCUCUCAGCAAUGUGCGAUCUCUUUGUGGCUUGUAUGAUGGUAAUGGUUAUAAUAAUUAAAUAUCCAGAUAUUUAUGGUAUCUCACUAAUAAAUUGUAACAACUUAAACAAUUUCACGGAAAAGCACCAAGAAACGUGGCGGGCGUUGUGCCGCAGUCUCGCGGAAGUGUGUCGUGGCUCCGUCAUCAAUCAGAAUUUUUGUGCGCACCUCGUUCCAUUGGUAUGUUUAUAUAUAAAAUGUCACCUUGACUGACUGACUGGACUGUCAACGCUUACUCAAUGUAUCAGGCAACCCACUAAGAUGUAAGU